AUGGCUACCGCAACACAGCUCUCCAAGAACGACAGCGCGGUACUAGGGGCGAUUCUGGACCCCGAGGCUGGAUUAGGAGGAAAUGUGGCCGUUGUCGAGCCGAAGGUUGAACCGGAUAGACACUAUGACUCGCAGACGCUGCAUACGAUACAGGAACGAGAAAAGCAAAUACUUCUGCCCUUGAACUCGGAUUCGCCAUCUCUCUCAACUAUUGAAAGUGGCAUUGCUGCGUUUGAUAGCCUUCUCGAAGAGUUUCCAAAUUAUGCUGCAGGAUACAACAACCGAGCCCAAGCACGACGAUUGUUGCACCCCGACCUGAAAAAGUUAUCUCAACAUUCCCAUGACUUGAAAGCCAUAUUCGAAGACCUUGCAGCUGCAAUCAGACUGGCUUCUCCAGACAGUCCUGUGCAGCCGGUUUCUCGACAAGCGGCCAACGUUUUGUCUUCUGCUUAUACUCACCGAGGUUAUCUGCUGUACAAGGCUUCCCAACCGGCCGCCUCGGGCAGCUUCUCGCUAGCAGCACUUCCAGAUCUUGCAAAGUACGACCGUGAAGAACUGACUGAGAUGGCUAGUAGGGACUUUGCCUUGGGCGGAAGGUACGGGAAUAAAGCCGCGAAACAGCUGGCUGUGCACACCAACCCAUAUGCCAAACUAUGUGGCAGUAUUGUGAAGGAGGCUUUGCAAAAGGAAAUGGAAGCAUUCUCAACCGGAAUAACGACUGAGUGA